AUGGCGGCUCGGACUUUGUCAAACAUGCGCAAGGCCCAGUCCCUUCUUCGGGAGUGCCAUAAUUGGCUUGUGGAAAACAACGAGACCUUGCUGGCAAUUGAGUUCUGCCGUAUUGAAGGCGAACUCGCGCUUCUUUUUGAGCGCAAAUGCUUCACCACCUCGCCGUGCGUCGGACUGCCCCCCGGCUUCCUCCACCUUGGUCCGAGACGCAGGAACAAUCGCGGGUCCGGUAAUGGAGGCCAGAGGCCUCCGGCAAACAAGGCUUCGAGCCAGGGUCCUCCUGUCAGUCGAACUAGCGGCAGACAAAACCCGCCGCCCCGGGCCCGAAGAGGUGGCUCGGGGAACGUGCAAAACGCCCCGCCCCGCCCCACCGGACAACAGAACCCAUCGGCCCGGGAUACAGCAAACCGUCUCGCCCUGACACAAGGCACCUCGAUCCGCAGCGUCCCCACCCAGAAGGCCAUUCAGGCCCCUCCUGUGAAGAAAGCACCACCGCCAACAGGGGUGCUCGUCAAUUUCAAUGACGACGUGGAGUUUGUCAAAUUGCUGCCAAGCAUGGUGGCCGAGAUGGAGACCGUGAAGGCCCAUCUUGAACCGAAAGACAGGCAGAGCUUGUCCGAGCGGCCCGCUACAGUAAGUAGUGCUGAGCCAGCUUCUGGUGUGUCGACUGAAGAUACCCCGGUCUGCAGCCACCGCCGUCCCCCGGUGGCUGAAGGAAGUGUCGCCCCGGCUCUGUCGCUGGAGGACUCCAUUGGUACCGGCGUGGUUGAGACGUUCCCCGAGUUUGCCAACAUCGGGGCUCCCACGGAGGGCGUGUUGAUAGAUCUGGCCGAGGAUAUCACUGUUGUUCUUCCGGCUGAAUCGGAUGUCGACACGGACAAUACCACCCCUUCAGCAAAGGAGGGUGUUCCUGCGGCCGAACUUGAUAUCAAGUUCGAUGAGAGUCCUCACUCGGUGGACCCGGAGAACGAGGACGAAAUCGUUUUCCGGGGCGGGAAGGUACCGGAGGUCGGUCGCGAGUUUAGGGCGGUGUUUGUCAGUACGGACAUUGACCCUGAAACCGUCCGUUCUGCUCUCGAUCUUCGGGAAGUACUCGAGAAGUACUCGGAGGUGGUCAUUUGCAAGUGA